UUUCUUGAACUUUACACUAAAAAAGUUUGUUGCUUUGAUCUCUUUGUGUGAUUCUAUACAUAAUUUAUUAGUCUUACCAUAUUUUUCAAUGAUUUAGCUACUUUAUAUAUAAUAUUAUUAUUAUUAUAAAUAUAUAUAUUUUUGGUUUUCUUGAACCUUGCACCAUAAAGCAACUUGCUUUGAUCUUAUUGUGUGAUUUUACACAAAUUGGUUUUGUGAAUCCAUGGGACUUUGUCAUGGAAAACCGAAUCAAACCCUCGAAAGCCAACUCGAAAACUCGGAUUUCCCAAAUGAAGUUGAACCCACAACAUUGAAUUCCAAUGGGAAAUCGUCAUUUCCUUAUUAUAGUCCUAGUCCUUUCCACAAUAGUAGUGCCUUCAAGAAUUCACCUGCGAAUUCGAGUGUCGUUUCGACACCUCUUCGAAUUUUUAAGCGCUCGUUCGCACCACCAUCGCCUGCUAAGCAUAUCCGCUCUUUGCUUGCUAGGAGACAUGGGUCGGUUAAGCCUAAUGAGGCCUCAAUUCCUGAAGGCAAUGAAUUUGAGGUUGGAUUAGAUAAGAAUUUCGGUUAUUCAAAGCAGUUGUUAAGUCAUUAUGAGCUUGGUGAAGAAGUGGGUAGGGGGCAUUUUGGGUAUACUUGUACUGCAAAGGGAAAGAAAGGUAGUAUGAAAGGCCAUGAAGUUGCUGUUAAAGUUAUUCCGAAAUCUAAGAUGACAACGGUUAUUGCCAUAGAGGAUGCAAGGAGAGAAGUGAAAAUAUUGAAGGCACUAACAGGGCACGACAAUCUCGUUCAGUUUUAUGAUUCUUACGAGGAUGAAGAUAAUGUCUAUAUAGUUAUGGAGUUAUGUAAAGGAGGUGAACUAUUAGAUAGGAUACUUGCCCGGGGUGGCAAAUAUUCCGAAGAAGAUGCAAAGGCUGUCAUGGUCCAGAUCUUAAGAGUCACAGCCUAUUGUCAUCUUCAAGGUGUUGUUCACCGUGACCUCAAACCCGAGAAUUUUUUGUUCACAUCCAAGGACGAACAUUCACUCCUUAAGGCUAUUGACUUUGGACUCUCCGACUAUGUAAAACCAGAUGAGAGACUGAAUGAUAUAGUUGGAAGUGCAUACUAUGUAGCUCCUGAGGUUCUACAUAGAUCAUACGGGACAGAAGCAGACAUGUGGAGUAUUGGUGUUAUUGCAUAUAUUCUUCUAUGCGGAAGUCGGCCAUUUUGGGCCCGCACUGAGUCAGGAAUCUUCCGGGCCGUCCUCAAGGCUGAGCCGAACUUUGAAGAAGCCCCGUGGCCUACUUUGUCAACAGAUGCGGUUAACUUUGUAAAGAGGUUACUAAAUAAGGAUUAUCGCAAGAGACUUACUGCUUCUCAGGCUUUAAGUCAUCCAUGGUUGGCAAAUUAUCAUGACGUGAGAAUACCUUUGGACAUGAUAAUCUACAAGACUGUAAAAGCAUAUAUAUGUUCAUCUCCUCUGAGAAAAGCUGCUCUAGGGGCUGUUGCAAAGACUUUGACAAUUACCGAGUUAGGUUAUCUUCGUGAUCAAUUCGUGUCACUAGGGCCAAACAAAAGCGGGUUGAUUUCCAUGCAGAACUUCAAAUCGGCUUUAUUGAAGAAUUGCACCGAUGCUGUAAAGGAUUCACGUGUGCUAGAUUUUGUUCAUAUGGUGAGUUCUCUUCAAUAUAAGAAAUUUGAUUUCGAGGAAUUUGGAGCAGCAGCCAUUAGCAUUCAUCAGCUAGAAGCAAUGGAAAACUGGGAGCAGCUUGCACGUCGUGCCUAUGAGCUCUUUGAGAAAGAUGGAAACCGCCCUAUUAUGAUUGAAGAACUUGCUUCGGAACUUGGACUUAGCCCAUCGAUACCAGUUCAUGUAGUUCUUCAGGACUGGAUUAGACACUCAGAUGGAAAGCUUAGUUUCCUGGGCUUUAUUAGGCUUCUACAUGGAGCCUCUUCUCGUGCAUUCCAAAAGGCUUGAAAUGUCGAAACAACUUAUACAUCUUAUGCCAUCAAAUAACCAUCUUGAUGAUACUGAUUCCUUAAAGAAAUAGAGGUGAGAUUCUAUGAAACAUGAAGUGCUAUCACACUUGAUUUACUCAAAAUGCCAUUUGCAGCAAACUCGUAUGUCAAACUAUGUCAAGCAAAUCCCGUAUUGUUUGUCAAAAGUUAGAAAGUUGUACAGAUGUAGGUCUCAGUGUGUUAGCUUAGAAACCGCAUAAUGGUUGAGUGAAUUUUGUGAUUUUUUUUUAAAUUUUCUUUACCUUGCUAAGUUCCUCGUGUUAAGAUGCCUGUUGUAAUGUAAUGUACUUCUGAACAUUUUCAUGAGAUGGUAAUAAUGGUUUAAACAACUUGGUCGGGUGACCUGUGUGUCUAUCGGUGUAGAUAAUCUCUAAAGACACUGUUGUAUGAGAAAAAUCUCUUUAUGCUAGAAAGUGAAGAAAGGAUUUUGUUCA